UAUAUAUAUACGUUGUAUGUACAUAUAUUUUUUUGUGUAGGAACGAUCGAUAGAAAAGAAGCGUAUCCAAAUAGUGAACAUGAAUGAAGGUCAACCUUUUAAUAUUAAUUUUUCUAAAGAUAUCUGCAGGUAAUAUAUCAUGGACUCAAUUAACUAAGCCAGCAAUAUUUGGGAACGAUGUUAGUCUUAGGUGUCAUCUCACGUCAGAGUAUUCAUGCUGUGACAGUUUUGCACGCAAAUGGUCUGCUGGAAAAACUUUUGAUUUAAUCAUGAUGAACGGUGUUUCAUCAAAUGCUACGAAAUACACAGAAACAGUAGACAAUAGAUUCAAUACUACUACUUUGACCAUCAUAAACUUCAACGAAAAUGACGUUAAUAUACCAUACGAGUGUACAUAUGGAUUUGACACAUUCAGCAAAUCCUUGGAAUUGACUCAAGCAAAUUUCGAAUUUUAUCCGGCUGAACAAAUUCCAGUUGACCUAGCUAUUGAUGAAAACCGUAUUGCUGCUUUAAACGUCACAUUCAAAACUAUAUUUCCUGCUCCAGUUUGUUCAGCAUCAGAUGGUGUUCAUAACAUAUCCAGCAAACUACAUGUUAAAACAGAUAAAAAUGGAAUAUUCUUCACAUCAAACAUCAAUCUAUUAUAUGACGUAAGAAACAGCUGUAAUAGAAUAGUCGUAGUACAAUGUACAAUAGGAAGAACACAUUUGACAAUUGUAAAUACUACCAUAUCUUGUCAAGAAGCAUCAGUUACUGUGCAGAUUUUGAAACCACUAUUACUGUCGAGUGGGGCAUUGUUAUUAGUAGCUUUGAUUGCCUCGUGGAUCGUCUACUGCAUUCGACGAAAAUGCACAUUGUUACAAACACGUCAGCCUAGAUAUGAACCACGUGAAUCAAGUCAGGGGAUGGUUACAUCAGAUGAUGGUUAG